AUGACUGUUGUUUUUGGAUUUAUUUAUUUAAAUAGAAAAUGCAUUUAGAUUGAUUAUGUUGAAGAUUAUUUGACUAGACUCAAUUAUUCAUAUGUGAAUAAUUUCAUACUUUAAGAUGAUAUAUUAUACAUCUCUGAUUACUAUCUUAUUACAAUCUAUGAUACAUCUUUGAAUAUUUCUUAAAGUAUCCUAACAAAAUGUUAGAUGCCUAAUUUUCAACCCUUUGUUUUUUAUCAAUCAAAUUAAUCUUUUUAUGCAAUAAUGUAUAUAUGUUAAAAUGAUCCAAAAUUAUAUUAUUAAUUAGGUAGGCGUUAUCAACAAGAAAAUAUAACUUUUAUUUCACCUAAACAUUUAUAAAUAUAAGAUUACUUCUAAUUUGAUUCAUACCUUGUUGGAAUUUAAAUAGUUAAACAAUAAAUCAACUAAUUUGCAAUUAUGUGCUUUAUCAAACAGUUCAAUAUUAUUAUCAAAUUAGAAUAUGUGAUUGAUUAAAUGGAUUUUUCACAAUCUUAUCUAAAAUUUAAACGAUUAUUGUAAUAUUCUCCUACAAUAAUGGCUAAUAAUUUAUAUAGAUUUGUUGAUGCAGCAAUUUCUAAAGAUUUAGUUUUUGUAAAUUAUCAAAACAAAAUCAACUUCAUAUAUUCAUCGAUUCUUUACAAUGUUUCUGAUUUAAAUAUUGGAAAUUAUGAUUCCCAAUAUUUACUUACAGGAGCUAUAUAAUAGUACUAUACAUAAAAUAUUUUAACAUUUAAUAGUUCGUAUGGAUUCUUGUUAAGCUACCCUAUUUAUAAAAUUAGUAGCUUAAAAAUUGAAAUUUAUCUUUAAAACUCAACUGAUACAUGUAAUUUAACUGCUUAUAAUUUUGUGAAUAAAAUGAUCGCAAUUUAUACUUUUCACUAUAAGUCUUAAAUAGAUUGGAGAUUUGAAUUUGCACUAAUAGCAUUAUUGAUUAUAGUUAUAAUAGCAGCAACAAUACUAAUUUGGUAUAGAACAAAAGAUUAGAAAGAAUAAUUUGGGUUAGAAGAAUUUGAAGAAUUAGAGAUUGAAACAUUCUAAUGA